GAGCCCGGCGGAGAGCUGCGGAGCUGAAAUGAAGCGCACACUCGGAGCGGCUCACACCGUACAGCGCCGUGCGGCUCAGGAAGAGGCUCCGCGCCGCGAAAGCUGAAGGCUGCUCCGGCUGAGUGAAGGGCUCCGUCCAUGCGGAGGCUAGCGCUCAUUCUGCUGCCCUGUGCUGUCGCCGUCCUGGUGCACUUGUGGUUGGCACAACGACCCUCCUCCACCCCGCUGGACAACAACAUACACACGGAUGAAGCUCUACCUUUCUGUGAAGUUUUGGUGGGAGUGCUGUCAGCGAGACAUCAUUAUGAACUGCGACAAGCGAUAAGAGAGACCUGGCUGGGCUACCUCCGAGAUCACCCCCACUUCCAGCACAGAGUGGGGGUGAAGUUUAUUGUGGGUGAACAUGGGUGUCCCAUUCCAGAGGAGGACCGAGAGGAUCCGUACUCCUGCUCCCUCCUAAACUUCACUGAGCCAGGGGCAGGCCAGGAUGCAGAGAUAGAGAUUGUAACGUUGUCUGACCCCUCGACGCUCGCUCCCUCCGACGUGUCGGCCAUCGCCCUGGAUUUCAAGGUCCUCCACCCUGUGGUGAUCACCAGGCUGGGGGUGUUUACCAGCGGGACCCGGCCGGAGCUUCAGAGCAAUGUGACGGUGAAGCUUCUCCAGCUGGACCAGGAGGAGGCUGUGGUCACUGCUCGCUUCAGUGCCAUCAGUACAGGGACCAUGGUGAACGGGGUGUGGUACAAACCAGUGGAACAGUUCAUCUUGCCUAAGGGUUUUGAGGGGACGCUGGUUUGGAAGAAUUUGGACUCUGCUGGUCUGACCACAGUCAACUCUUCCUCUGUGCAGCUCAAUGAUGGAGGAGGUGUCCUCAAGAUCUCCUCCAUCGCAGAGGGCAUAUUGCCUCAUAGAAGUGCGCUUGGAUUUCCCGGUUUGGCUGGAGGGUUCACAUUUACUAUCUAUGAUGGAGACGGCCUGACGGGGCUCCUGCGAGGCCGCCCUGCCAGGAUGGAGCACCAUGCCUCCAGGCUGAGGGAGGAGGACGCCGCCUUGCAACGGGAGAGCCUCAGGCACGGCGACAUGGUGUUCGUAGACGUGGUAGAUACCUACAGGAACGUGCCUUCCAAACUGCUUCAGUUCUAUAAAUGGUCUGUGGGAAACGCUGACUUUAAUCUGCUGCUGAAGACUGAUGAUGAUUGUUACAUCGACGUGGACUCAGUAUUAAUGAAGAUUGACCACAAGGGUCUAAAGCGUAGCAAUUUCUGGUGGGGGAAUUUCAGGCAGAGCUGGGCGGUGGACCGCAUUGGGAAGUGGCAGGAGCUGGAGUACGCUAGUCCAGCCUACCCAGCGUUCGCCUGUGGCUCAGGCUAUGUGGUCUCUCGUGACCUUGUCCAGUGGCUCGCCAGUAAUGCAGAUAAACUGAAGGCCUACCAGGGAGAAGACGUGAGCAUGGGGAUAUGGAUGGCAGCUGUUGGACCACAGAAAUAUCAGGACCCCGGCUGGCUGUGUGAGAAAGAGUGCUACCUGGACAUGCUGUCGUCCCCCCAACACACAGCUGAGGAGCUGCACAUCCUCUGGGACAGGAAGAGGGCCUGUGGAGACCCCUGCGGUUGUCCCUGGGGCCACUAAACCUGGCUCACACUGCACUUACCAGGUGGCGCUGUGGGUAGAAUGCACUCAACACCGGUUGUCAGUUCAGUUUCUGUGAUGUUUUUCUUCAUCAAAAAGAGUUGUUUCAGAGUUUUAUCAACUAUUAUAUAAAAAUGCUUAGAUUUUUAAGAUUUUAUGUUGCAAAAUAAUCUUAAAAACCUUCAAAUUGCAUUGCAGGUUCUUAAUAUUAACAAAAAUACUGUGUCAACGUAAUAAAAAAUGUGCAGCUUCAGAAUAUGUUAAAAACUCAUUUAGCUGUAGCACACUGUCAGUAUUUGUAUCAUGAACUCUGUUAUUAAAUUUGAGAUUGAAAAUGUCUUCAGUGGAACAGACACAAUGUGGAAACAGACUCAUGGAUUAAAAGAUGUUUUAGUAUGCGGUAACUGACAGGGGUGGACAAGAACCACGUGCAAUACCAGCAUGUGGUGGUCAUCGUGUACAGAGUCGUUGCUGUAAGACCUGAGUACUAGGUAAUAUUAUAAAUAUAAACGUUUUGGUUUAAAAGGGAUAUUUGAUGAAGUUUUAAAGGUGAUUGCUUUACAUUGCUAUAUUUUGUAAAUUAUUGUCUUAAGCUCUUCAUCCUCUUUACUAUUUGUAGAUUUAAGACAAGCUUUCUCACAAACACACAGAUUGUACUGUAACUGUCAUUGUGCAAAUAGUGAUGUGGCCUUACUGUAUUUGUUAGGCGUCAGACUGUAUGUAUGUUCACACAUGGUAUCGACACGGAUUUAAAUGAGUGUAUUUGCAACACAAACUUUUGGAACUUGACCAAGCAGUCAGAGUGACUGUGAAAUAGACUCAGUUGUUUGACACUGGUUUUAUGAAACCCUCCUCAGAGGUAAUAAAGAACACUUCAGAGAGA